AUAACUUUACCGUAAAUGUCAAAAAUUGAAGUAGAUACACAAAAAAUCAAUUGUGUUUUCCAAAAAUAAUGACUGUAAUUAACGUUUAAAAUGGUGUUCAUAGAAAUAAUAUUAUUAUAAUUAAAAGAAGCACGUAUAUAAAUAUUCUGAAAACUAGGAGAUUCCAAUAAUUUAUUUAACAAUGGCAGAUAACCCUGAGCAAAUAUCUCCAUUAGGAGAACAGAAAGCAUUAUUAAAUGAUUCAUCUAGUAAACAGCAAGGGGAUAUUGACCUGGAUGAGGAAAUAUCGGCAAGAAUGACGGCUUCUUAUAGCGAGAUAUCAUUUCACUCUGACCAAGGUCAGCCUGACGAGCAGGAAAGAGCUCCAGGCCCAUCAAGACCUUAUGACCUACCUUCAGAAAACCGCAAACAAGAAAAGCUUCCCUUGGACAUAGAUGGGCAUGUAAGAUAUGAGGGGGAAAUGACACAUUAUGUAGCAGAUGACUUAGAAUUUAAAAUAAAACUAUCUAGUCCAAUCGCAAAGAGAGGUGAAACUCCAGUAUUUGGUAGUUCUAGUGCAUCCCGUUCUAGUACACCUUCGGGAAAGUUAUAUAAACAAAUACUGGCACCUCAGAUUGGGCAGAUAGAUAUAACAGUAUUACAUGACCUAGAAUAUGAAGCACAGAGGAUUGCACAAUCUGUAGAUAAUUUAAUUGAGAACCUAUCAAGUAUACUGCACUCAAAUUCCUCACUAACUGCUGAAAAUAUGGAAGUGUACAAAGAUGCAGUUGGCAAGACAUGUGAUGCAAUGGACAAUAAUAUUAAGAGCAUGUAUACAAUUCUAGCUAAAGGUGAAGAAGUAUCCCAAGCAAUGAUACCCGUGCAAGCACAAGCUGCACGAAUAGCAGAAAUAAAGAGGCUCCUCCAACUUUUUGAGGAUAAGUUCUAGAUAAAUGUUAUUCUGAAUAUUUAUUGUAUAUCUAAUGUGUAUUAUAUUAUGUAUAUUUAAUGUAAGUAUUAAAAUAAUAGGUAUAAGAAAA